AUGGACAAACACAUGCAGAUCGAGAAUAAUGAUGCCAAGAGGAAUGCGUCGAGAGGGCUGGAACUGGUCAGUUGCUCCAGGGCAAGAACGCGGCAGCUGGCAGACCUUUCGGAAGAGAUGAUAAUGGAAAUCUUGCUGAGGCUUCCGGCAUGGAAGCUUGUUUACCUAAGGAGGGUGUGCAGGUCAUGGAGAAACCUAAUUUCCUCCCCUGACUUCACCCGCAACCACCUUCAUCGUUCAUGCUCAUGUGAUCCAAGCUUGACUCCGCCGUGGAUUGCUCAUUACCCUCACAAUGGUAGGAAUAGAGAGAUCAAAUUUUUCUCCGUGCAGUCAAUGAUGGACAAUCCUUCUGAACCUACUAAAGCCGCUCUCUUCAGUGGGGGAUGCUACCACAGAAUCGUUGGUUCUUACCAUGGAUUGUUAUGCUUCUUUGGUAGUUAUGCUAACCACGACAUGCAUGCCAUCUUGUGGAACCCCUGUACCGGAUUCAUAUUCGAAUCGCCGGAAAUCAGCGGUGAAGCCUGCUUUUCUGGCUUUGGUUACGACCAUCUCAGUGACACCUACAAAUUUUAUGCAACCAUAAUAAGGAAGAAAAUGCUAUCUGGUGUUGAAUCUAGUGCCAGAAUUUAUACAUUUGGACCAACUUCGUCUUGGAGAAGAAUUGAUGAUAUCCCAUCUACCCUACUCAGUGCCCCAAAACAACCUUGGAAGAAGGUGGAUAAUAAGAUAGGGGUAUUUUUUAAUAGUAGCAAAGCAUGCACUAUUAAUUGGGAUGCUUAUAAUGUGGUUGUUUAUUUUGACAUGGCUAUAGAGACCUAUGGUCAUUUUCCCCUACCCGAUAGGGAGUUAGAUGAAGUACCCACCUGCGCCAACUUAUGUGUCUUGAGAAACUGUCUUUCCGUUUGUUAUGAGUAUAUGAAAACACAAUGCUGGAUUGUGUGGCAGAUGAAGGAAUACGGAGAAGCACAAUCUUGGACUAAAUUGGUAACCAUUCCCUUUCAUCCGCAACCGGGUUAUUUAAAUGAAGCUCUUAUUUUACAACCUCUCUACAUCUCAGAAAGUGAUGUGCUUUUGGCCAUUUCUCCAUCUUUCACAAUAGUUCUCUGUAACUUAAACGAUGGUAGCAUAAAUUUUACUGUGAAUGAUAUGUCUCUAGGAGUAGAUUGUAAGAUGGCUUUUAUCUAUCAUCAAAGCUUAGUUUCACCAAAUGGUCUUCAAAGCAACUCAUCCAUAAUGCCGCUGUACUUCUUCAUAGCCAAACCCACUUUUAGUUUCACUUGGUGA